AAUACCACAGACUAACAGUUAAAUAAAGGGACUACCAGAUUCAGAGGUUGGGGAAGAGAAGGGGGAAAAAAGCGAAGAAGUGAGCGUCGUGGGAGGGCGGGCCACCUGUGACGGCGAAUGAGUGGAGAAGAACCUCGAGUCCGUCCCACUGUCUUUCAGUGGGUGUUUGUGAGUGUGUUUCGGCGUUUAAAGUCCACUUGGAUUAUCUUUAUCUCAAGGAAACGUACAUAUCUUUCUCUUGGAUUCAGGUUUCUUCAGUCCUCUCUACAGCACAGUGAAGGAAAUUGGCCUGCGUGCUUUCCAUUGCGAGUGAGUGUGUGUGUGUGUGUGAGUCGUAGGGUGAAUAUGUUUGUGUGAGUGCCUUCGCGUGUGCAUUCACCCUGGUCGGAGAGUGUGUGUGUGUGUGUGUCUCUCAUGAGACGCUCUGCGGAGAUGCAGGGAGCGCGAUCCUCUGCUGUGCGGCUGCUCCUGCUGCUCAGCUGCUGUGUGUGUGCAACAGACGGCUACCCAUUCAGAACACCCCUGGACCUGGAUGUGACUCCACGCGUCACCGUGCUGAGCAGUGGUCUCCAGGGCUGCAGACGUUUCCAGUCCUCUGCAGUCAACUACAGCACCAUGUUCCUGGAGGCUGACAGUGAGCGUCUUUACGUCGGGGCCCGGGGGGCUGUAUUCGCUCUAAAUGCCUCUGACAUUUCAGUCAGCUCUGUUCUCACUAUUGAGUGGGAAGCCUCUCCCCAGCAAAAGCUACAGUGUCUGCUCAAGGGAAAAGACAAUAAGACGGAGUGUUUUAAUCACAUCCGAUUCCUCCAGACGUUCAACUCAACUCAUCUCUACAUGUGUGGGACUCAUGCCUUCAGUCCCCUCUGUGCAUACAUAGAUAAGGAGAGGUUUGUAAUGUCAUCUCAGCCAGAAGAAGGCAAAGACAAAUGUCCCUACGGCCCGACAACAGGCUACACUGCCCUCAUCAUCGAUCAACAGAUGUAUACAGCUUCCCAGUAUGAGUUUAGGAGCUUCCCAGAUAUCCGCCGCAACUCUCCAUCUCCCACACUGAAGACAGAAGAUGCUCCCACACGUUGGCUGAAUGAGGCUGACUUUGUGGGCUCAGCACUGGUCAGGGAGAGUUUGGGCAGCAGCACCGGUGAUGAUGAUAAGAUCUACUAUUUCUUCACCGAGAGGAGCCAGGAGCAGACUACAUCCUAUAGCCACAGCCGAGUGGCCCGAGUGGCGCGCGUUUGUAAGGGGGACCGUGGAGGCCUUUUAACUCUCCAGAAACGGUGGACGUCCUUCCUCAAGGCCAGGCUGACAUGUUCUCUGCCCGAGUACGACUUCCACUUCAACAUGCUGCGCAGCGUGUUUGUCAUGCCUGGCCUCACGCCGCAGGACACGCUCUUCUACGGCAUCUUCGGCCUCGAGUGGAAAAACGUUAAGGCAUCAGCAGUCUGUCGGUUUUCUCUGUCUGAAGUCCAAGAGGCCUUUCAAGGACCCUACAUGGAGAACCAGGACUCUGGCUUUAAGUGGAAAGAAUACACUGGAAAGAUCCCUGAUCCACGACCUGGAACGUGUAUAACAGACGCACUGAGGGCCAGGGGCAUAAACUUCUCCACCUCUCUGCCUGAUGAUGUGCUGAAUUUUGUCAGGAGGCAUCCUCUGAUGUCCCAGCAGGUCCAACCUUCAGACAGACGUCCCCUUUUGUUUAGGCGGACUACAGACUACACACACAUGGCCGUACACACGAUCCAAGGCUUGGAUGGAAAAACAUACCAUGUAUUGUACAUGGGCACAGAUGAAGGCUGGUUACAUAAAGCUGUAGAAAUUGAGGGUUGGCUUCACAUUAUCGAGGAACUUCAACUGUUUGAGGAACCUCAGCCUGUUAACAACCUGCUGCUAUCUGCAAAACAGAUGAGUGUGUACGUGAGCUCUCCAUCAGGCGUGGUGCAGCUUCCCCUCUCUAACUGUCUCAGAUACACCUCCUGCUAUGACUGUGUCUUUGCCAGGGACCCUCACUGUGCCUGGAACGGAGCCCAGUGUGUGGACAUAAUGACACAAGGAGACAGAUCCACUUUAAUUCAAGACAUCCAGCAGGGCUGCAGAGGAUGUGAAAAUACACAAAAUGAAAUUGUUGCGCGGAGCCGCUCUGUGCGGGUGGGUGAUGACGUGCUGCUUCAGUGUGAGCUCAGCUCCAACCUGGCAACGCCCCUCUGGACUUUGGAUGGCAGCGAGUUGCAGGGCUAUGGUCUCAACUCUGGCAUCAGAACUGGCACAGACGGCCUGCUGAUCAUCGAGGCCCGGCAGGACCAGAGCGGGCUGUACACCUGCUACGCUGUUGAGAACAAUGUCAAGGUUGCCAUAGUUACCUACAACAUCACCAUCUGCCUGGAUCUUCCCCCUCCCCCACCUGUUGAGCCAACUGAAGACCAUUACAGUUUCUCUGCCACCCUGCCAGCACCCACUGAGCGUCCCUCCCCUGAGAGGCCCCUGCCACCACCCCCGUCCUCUCACCUCCCUCACUCAGUGCUGCUCUCCCCCAGGAACAUGGAGGCCAUGUAUCUGUCCCUCAUCACCAUCCUUGGAGGCCUGUGUGUGGUCCUCACCGUGGUGCUUGUCUAUGUGGGUGUCUGCUUGCGAGUGGGCAACAGAGGAAAGUACUCAAUACGAGCCGCAGCUUCUGCCUACCCAAACAAUAAAAGGCACAACAGGCCAACAAAACAGCCCAGAAACUCCUCCCACAUGGAGCUGAAGACCAUCUCAAGCCACUGUAAUGGCAACGGCAUUUGUAAUGGAGUUUCAAAGCAGCACAACGGCGACAUCCAGGAUGGAGGCUUCCUCCAGAUUGUCCCUGGUGAGGGUCACCCAUCAUCUAAUAAGGAGCCUCCUCCCCCGGCCCCUCCUCUCCCACCAACCCCGCAACAUCCAUCACCAGAGUGCAACUUCCCCAACGGGCUGUCGGCCACGCUGCCCAGCGUCCUGAGGAGGAUGAAUGGCAACAGCUACGUGCUGCUGAGGCAGAGCGAGUCUGACAGCACUUCACCGCUCUGCUACUCCUUUGCCGAGGAGCUCAACAGGAUCUUAGAGAAGAGGAAGCACACGCAGCUGCUGCCCAGGCCGGACGAGAGCUCUGUGUAGAGAGAUAUAGCUCUCCCUGUGGUGGGAGGACUGCUAUGUUCUUACCUUGUGCUGAAGUGCCUCUCAUGAGACUCAUUGGACAACUAAGCAAUGAGAGUAUUUACUACAUUCUUUAAUAUGGAUUUUUUUUUACAAGUCCAUACUGAGACAUUCCUGUUUUUUUUAAACUUUGAGCUUCUUUUAAGCCUAAAUUCCCAAUUUGCCCAAUGCAUAACGUGAGAAUGAGAAAUGCCAGUGAAGGAGUAUGAAAUGGAAAGCAAGUGCAAUCUACCUCACCUAAGUUGUGCCCAGUCUGUAUUAUGAUCUGAGUAUCAGGGCUGAGAUCUCAACCACAGAAAGAUCUCUGAUCACUGACAAAGCACAAAGCGGGACAUACAGACUCCAUCGAGGAGCGGAGCCCCAUGGGAUUAUAAAUACAUGUGAAGGCUUCUGCUGUGUGGCGGCCAUAUUGGGCUCAAUUCCAACUGGAGGGCAGCUAGCCAACGUUUGUUUGCACUGACAAGUGCACAGAUGGCCUAUGCAUUUUUAAAACAUGACAUUCAAACUUUAUACAUUUUAAAGGGGGGAUGGACGUGGCGGCCGAGAGAGUUCGGUUUGCAAUGUUUUCACUUUAAAUAUUGACUUAAACAAUUGCCAGUAACCAACAAAAAUAAUAUACAGUAACUCAUAACAGCACAUAACAAUUUACACCAGCCAUCAUUAAGAAAUGGUGAACUAAUCAUUAUUUAUUAUUAUUAUUGACCAUUAUUUGAAGUAAUUGAAGAUGUAUUAAUUAUUCCAUUGUUUUAUAUGAAUCAUUAAUGACUUAAUGUAGCUUAUUUAAUUAUUAAUGAAUGACUAUAUCAAUAAUUCAAAUAGCAAUUUACAUGUGUUUAAAAAGGGCAAGAAAUUAAAUUGAUAACUUUUGACUGCCACAAUGAACAGUUUUUUGGUACUUACCUGAUAUGCAGGUAAACCUUUAACUAUUGGAAUAUUUUCACAGCACAAAUAUGCAUAACUGUACUUUACAGCUGCAGCUGAGGCUCACUGUUCAUCAUAAAUGGUUAUAAAGAGUGAAGCCUUAUAUUGGCCUUUAUUUUAACGUAUUACUCAUGUUUGCACUUCUUACAAACAAGUGAUACAUACUUUUACAAAAACUUUAUGUGGGGACAAAGUAUAUACAUAAUUCAUAAGAUAUUAAAGAAUAAACAAGUAAAUGAUGUUAUUUUACCUUUACAUAAUUGAAGGAAUAUUAAAUAAUGAUUAUUUCACCGAGUGUUAAUAGCCAACCCGAAGAAAAUAUGACAGUGUUAUUGAUUUUAAUGCAUGUUUUAAAGCGCUUCAAGACCGGUAAAAGACACUAUUAUGGAAUUUGACUCGGCAACUUGCCAACAACCAGCAGGCUGGAGGAGCUUUUUGAUUGGUCGUUUCUCAGUAUGAAGAGCUGCAGCAGCGAAGGCUACAGCUUUGUCUGCUGGACCUCGACGAGAGGUUUAGAAGGAAAACACUGACUGUGUCUCAGCUGAGCCUCAAUCCACCCAGCAUGAGACUUUCACACAGAAUGACAGACUGUGGGGCUCAGCGUUUGCCAAAAAAAUCCAAGUUUAGGUUCAGAGAUGAAAACAUCUGCUAGAGUCUGAUUCCCAGAUGUACCGUAUCACCUCAAACAGCAUGUUUCAUUUACGAGAGAGAGCCAACCAUGGACGUCAUUAAAAGGCUCUCUAAGGCUUACUUUCUAGAAAUCAAGGUGACUGAGGAGCUUCAUGCUUGACUCUCUAUAGCUCUGUUUCAUUCUGGACAUUUAUUUUGCAGUUUUGUCUUCAAAAAAAAAAAGCAUCAAAAGCUCAUCUUUAGACUAGUUUGAUCAUUCAAUAUCACACCGUUUAUUUUCCUUAUCAGUGUCCUCCUGCUGCAUCCAACUGUUGAUCAUCUGUCAGAGGGCAGCAUUAAUUAAACACUUGCCUGACCUUAUUACUGAAGGAGGGAGAGAAGAGACGGAGUCUGAUGUGCAUAGAUCAGUUUGAGUUUCUCUUUCUUUCAUUCUCGGGGACACAGUGUCUCCACUAGCGUCAGGUGGCAGGACCCACUGCAGACAAAAAAAUUAUAAUUUGUGGACAAGUGAACCGGAAGAGAACGAGAAGCUGGAUAAGGGCUUCAGCGAGAGUCUCUCCAAAUCUCCACCUCUGCUUCCCCACAACUGGAAUGAAAAUUGUUGGCUGCAGUGUCUUAUCAAGCAACAGUUGUUCUUCAGACAGCGGCUCUUUGUGCGCAGAAAGCAUCCACGCCUCUGUUUGAUGCAAACUUUGUAGACCAAACUCGACGCAUACAAUAUUUUUUAUUCUCACACUUGCUGCAUGAACAAUAUUUUGACGCUGCUGUUUUUACUUUAAGUCUAAGAAACAACAAGGACUCAUCCUAAUAUUAAUGAAAAGUGCCAAGGGUUGAUGUUUUUAUAAAAACGUUGAGCCUAUUUUAUUGCAAAACUAGAAAAAAACGAUUUAGGAAAAGAAACAUUUAUUUUGUAAUUUUUUACAUUUUUUUUUCUUUUAAGUUCAUGUCAAUGUUGCUGUUUUGGUGCAACUUGUGAGACACCCUCCUGACAAGGGGGUCACAAGUCGCCUGUGUUGCACAAAAUGUAAUGUAAUAGAAGCACGGUAGCCAAAAGCAUGCAGAGGCUGUACCAGCACCACAUCAUUUUACAUGUAUAACCUACUAAAAGGAGGAAAAAUACACUCUAACCUAUUAAUUAGGCAUUAUUCAGUUUAUCUGUCACUGUAAUGGCCACUUAUGAGUUUUGAUCUCUAUUUGCAUGUUUGUGCCCCCCACAACUUGUACACACAGAAAAAUAUUUUAUUAAACUGACAAAACUAAUAACAGUGGGUUCUUUCACAUUUCAGUCAUUAAGAGUUAAAAUAAAACUUUGUACUU